CUGUGGAUAGAGCCUUUCUUUCAAAUCCCAGGGCAGUGGGUCCUUCAAGGCUAGCAUUGCAUUUUCAAUUAGUUGCUGAGUGAAUGUUUGGCAUGCGUAUUCGUGAAGAGGCACACAGUUAGCUUAUUGUUCCUUUCUGUAUUGUGUUGAGAAGGUCCUCAGGACUGGUGGGGGGGAUAGGCCAGCCAGGCAUCACUGUGGAUGAGGAAGAGGGAGUUACUCAGACCCCAGCACCUUCACUUGCUUGCUCUGGAAUUACAGCUAUUUAUUACAAAGCGCUCUGCGUGGCUGGGUGGAGUGUGCCUGAGGAAACACAUCCCAGACACCACCGAGCCCUUCACAUCUCUGACUAAUUCUUAUCAUUAUCAUGGAGCCCAACAGUCCCAAAAAGAUACAAUUUGCUGUGCCUUUAUUCCAGAGUCAGAUUGCACCCGAAGCAGCAGAGCAGAUCAGGAAACGAAGACCUACACCGGCAUCACUUGUGAUUCUCAAUGAACAUAACCCCCCAGAAAUAGAAGACAAGAGAGUGACCAACACACAAGCAGAAUCACAAAAUGCAUCCCCUAAGCAAAGGAAGCAGAGCGUGUACACACCACCUGCCAUGAAAGGAGUUAAGCAUCUGAAAGGCCAGAAUGAAUCAGCAUUCCCUGAAGAAGAAGAAGGCGUAAAUGAAAGAGAAGAGCAGUGGGACCAUUAAUUAUGGGUCUGCAGCAAGAAGGCUUCUUGGGAGUAACUGAACUAUUAACUUUUCUGAAUAUCCCAUGGAAUGUCACUGCUCGACUUCCAGAAGCAUUCUCCAUCUCUGCUCUCCACACUUGUACAGUAGUAAUAACACACCUCCUGGGAAGGCUUCUUGAUUGAACUUUAGAACUAAGUACAGAUUGUCCCAUAUCACUUACAAACAAUGAACAAGCAUUUAUUUCACUGUGACUUU